GCAAUAGUACAGUGGUGCUAUCUCAUCAUUUCAACCGCAAGUCUUGGAUCGCUGCUUUACUAACUUGUCAAAAUGGUUGAUGCAUUCUGUGCUACUUGGAAAUUAGUGGACAGUCAGAACUUUGAUGAUUAUAUGAAAGCGUUGGGUGUCGGUUUUGCUACGAGGCAAGUGGGCAAUGUCACCAAACCUACAAUCGUCAUUAGCCAGGAGGGGGACAAAGUAGUCUUAAAAACUUUAAGUACCUUCAAGAACACUGAGAUUUCCUUCAAACUGGGAGAGGAGUUUGACGAAACCACUGCUGACGACAGGCAUGUAAAAUCCACAGUAACCUUGGAAGGAGACAAACUGGUCCAUGUUCAGAAAUGGGAUGGGAAAGAGACAAAGUUUGUCCGAGAAAUCAAGGAUGGUAAAAUGGUCAUGACUUUGACUUUUGAGGGUGCCCAAGCUGUCCGUACUUAUGAAAAAGCAUAAUGUCAAACUGUUGAAAUUAACUGAUGAGCAGUUCAGUCUUCUCCUGUGAACUUGACAAUACAAGAUGGGCAUUUUGAUUGUAAACAUUGUUUUUACUGCACACUCAGAUUUACAUUUCAUUUGCAUUUUUAGCAUGAAUAAAAUGGGAAAUGUUUUUUUUUAUAAGUCCUUUUAUACAAAUUAGAGGAAUUGUUAUGGAGAUGUCUUUUUCACUUUUGGCUCUGAAUUAAAAACAAAUCUUGAAAAUA